UUUAAGCUUCUGAGACCAUUCCACUGCAGUGCAGUAUGUUCCACGAGUCGACCAAGCCAGACGCAGCUUGAAAAGACAGUUAAAGAUGAGACGCUUAAUAAAGACAAAGGUUUAGUCACACAUGAUGAUUUAUUUGAACGAGCUGCUAGAGACUCAAAGACCAAGGCUGAUUUUAACAGGGUCGUGGAUGUUUUUAGCAAGAAGGACAUUCGGCGACGAGGCCAUGUGGAGUUUAUUUAUGCUGCCCUGAAGAAGAUGCCAGAAUUUGGAGUAGAACGAGACAUUACUGUUUACAACAAACUCCUGGAUGUGUUUCCAAAAGAGGUGCUCAUGCCACGGAACUUCAUUCAGAGGAUGUUCAACCACUACCCACGACAGCAAGAGUGUGGAGUACAGCUGCUGGAGCAGAUGGAGAACUAUGGUAUCAUGCCGAAUGUAGAGACCAAGGUUUUACUGGCUCAGAUAUUUGGGGAAAAGAGUCAUCCUAUGAGGAAGUACCAGCGUAUCAUGUACUGGUUUCCCAAAUUCAAGCAUGCAAACCCCUUCCCCAUCCCACAUGUGCUCUCUAGUGACCCAGUAGAGCUCGCUCGAUUCAGUCUUACCCGGAUUGCAGAUGACCUGGAUGCUAAAAUAACAAUCUAUCAGGUGACUAUUGAAUCUACAACUUAA